AUGAGGAUUGUGCUACCGUGCCUAUUAUGGCUAGUAACCCUGGCCUGCGGGGUGGUAAAUGCUGAACACACUAACAACUGGGCCGUUCUGGUAUCGACUUCCAGAUUUUGGUUUAAUUAUAGACACAUGGCUAAUGUGCUGAGCAUGUACAGGACGGUGAGGAGACUGGGGAUUCCGGACUCGCAGAUCAUUCUUAUGUUGAGUGACGAUGUUGCAUGUAACUCUAGGAACCUGUUCCCAGGAAGUGUAUUCAACAACAAAGAUCAUGCUAUUGAUUUGUAUGGUGAAUCUGUAGAGGUUGAUUACAGAGGCUAUGAAGUAACAGUGGAGAAUUUUAUAAGACUGCUGACUGACAGAUGGACAGAAGAUCAACCGAAGUCAAAAAGAUUACAAACGGAUGAAAACUCAAAUAUAUUCAUUUAUUUAACCGGUCAUGGUGGUGAUGACUUCCUAAAAUUCCAGGACGCCGAAGAGAUCGCUUCAGAAGAUAUUGCAGACGCUUUCGCUCAAAUGUACGAAAAGAAAAGAUACAACGAAAUAUUCUUCAUGAUUGACACUUGUCAGGCCAACACCAUGUACUCAAAGUUUUACUCUCCAAAUGUACUUGCUGUAGGUUCAAGUGAACUGGACGAAAGCUCAUACUCACAUCACUCUGAUGUGGAAAUUGGUGUUGCAGUUAUCGACAGAUUUACAUACUAUAGCUUGGAAUUUCUGGAACAAAUCGAUAAGACAUCAAAUCUCACAUUGAAAGAUUUGUUUGAUUCUUAUACAUUUGAAAAAGUACAUUCACAUGUAGGUGUGAGAUCUGAUUUGUUCAAAAGAAACGUGUCUGAUGUUCUAAUAACAGAUUUCUUUGCUAAUGUUCAAAAUGUUAUACCUGAUGACAACAGUGGUAAGACAAGUGGAAAUAACGAGGAUAUUAUAGAUUUAGCAAUCCAAAAGAGCCAACUUGCCUCUAAGAAAGAUAAAUCUUCUCAAACACCUAAGCCUAAAGAACCUGCUUCGUCAAUUUACUUUAGAACCGCGAGCUCGUUGAAUAAGAAUAUAACAGAUGCUAAAAACAACUCGAAUGAGGGAUUGAUGACUGUAUUGCUCAUAAUUCUUGUAAUGCUAGGUCUAUACACAACAUUUAAGAGAACGUCAAAAAAAGAAACAGCAAAGUUCAGCCUUUAA